AUGCAGCGCCUGAAUACCAGUGGAAAAGUGGCUACAGGACAGCUAGACGAUGACCACAUCGGAAAAGGACAACAAGACCAAGACGAGAACCCGAACCCGACCCGCAAGGUCGAAACAAGAGCGUCUGCGAAAUGA